AUGAUAUACUUGUGGUAUAAUAUUAAACUUUAAAUUAGCUUAUGUCAAAAGAUUAACUAAAGAAUUGUGGAUGAAUAGAUGUUUAAAGACAGUUAAACAAAGCUUGGAAUUUAUAUAACUUUAUUAUUGUUUGAGAGAUUAAUUUAUAAUAAUCCUAUUAAGAAUGUAACAAAAUUAAAUAUCCAAAGAUGUAGUGGAGUGUUGAUGUUUAGAAGAAAGUAAUUGAGUUGA